AUCUGCUGGUGGUCUACAUUCUCCACAAAUUCUCAUGCUAUCUGGGAUAGGACCCAAACAACAUUUAGAACAAUUUGGUAUUCCCGUUAUUCAGGAUUUACCAGUAGGGGCUCAGUUGUAUGAUCACGCCACUUUUCCUGGAAUGGUGUUUCGUCUGAAUGAAAGUAUCGGCAUAAAUAUACUUAGAAAAACAAUCACUCCUUCCACGUAUCUGCAAUAUUUCAAAGAAUCUACAGGAAUGUUAACAACGUUAGGUGGAAUUGAAGCAGUAACUUUCAUGAGAACCAAUAUUUCAUCUGAACCAGAUCCAUCGUAUCCCGAUAUGGAAUUUUUAUUUGCCUCUAUAUCGGCCAAUAGUGAUUAUGGCUUGGCUUUCCGAAAAAUCGUCAACAUAUCUCCUGCUAUAUAUGACAAAAUUUGGAAGCCCUUGGAAGGUGAACCAGUGUUUCAAGUAAGAUGAACUAUCAGCACUAUUUACAUCGGC